AAAUAGCGUGGCGUGGUCCCAUAAUACCCCGCGCAUCACGCGGCCAUCUUUGCAGCAGAUAGAACAAAGCUGUGAGGGAACAUCACGAGUUUGGCACCACCCAGAAACAGCGGAAAACACCAUGUCCGACAGCUCGGAACAACAACCCGAGAAAAGUGUAGCCUUGGAAAAAAAGAUCUUAGCCGAGAAAGUAUCUGGUACUGUGAAAUGGUUUAACGUGAAAAAUGGUUAUGGCUUCAUCAAUAGGAAUGAUACAAAUGAAGAUGUGUUUGUGCACCAAACAGCCAUCAAAAAGAACAAUCCAAGGAAGUAUUUGAGAAGUGUGGGAGAUGGCGAAACGGUAGAGUUUGAUGUGGUCGAAGGUGAAAAGGGUAAUGAGGCUGCCAAUGUGACAGGGCCAGAGGGGGCACCAGUACAGGGUAGUAAAUAUGCUGCAGAUAGACGCCGAUUCAGGCGCCGAUACUAUCCCAGACGUCGUGACGGUGCCCCACAAGGCAGACGACAAGACAAUGAAGAUCAGGAUGGUGAUGGAAACGAAAAUGAAGGUUCAGAUAGUGGCGAAGGUGGCCAAAACCUACAAAAAGAUAGACAGAGGCGCCGUCGUCCGUACUUCUAUCGCCGGUAUAAUCCACGCUACAGGGGAGGAGGGAGAGGAGGCGGCCCAGGGCGUAAUCGUGACAGAGACCAACUAAGAUCUGACGACAGUGGUGGAGAGGGUGAAAAGGAAAAUGAUGGCCAAGAUCACGGCCAGGAUCAAAAUCGUCGCCGCCCAUAUCGCAGAUUCAGAGGAGGAUACAGAGGAUAUAGGAGGCGUCGUUAUCAAGGAGAUAGAGAUGGGACCAGAAGGGGCAAAGAUAAAGAUGACCAGCAAAAAAGUGAUUCAGCUGGAGAGAAUGAGAACAGCCCACCAUCACAACCAACGCAGACACCAACACAAACAGAGACUCAAAAACCUGAAGAAACCCAAGCAUAAACAAACUGUAGUAACUUGGGACAGGCACAUGUUGCGCAUUUUAAAGGGGGAUACAGUCAUGACAUGUCUGUUGAGCUUGCUAAGAAUUUUUACCAGCUUUUGAAAAAACGGCACCAUGAAAAAAAAUGACAUGGAAGUGCUCUUAAAAUUGGUAGUUGUAGACAGCGAAAAAAAAUGCAGACAUGUCAUUACUUAAAAACCUAUUUUCUAGAAAAUAUUAUUUCCUACUUGUUUAAUACCUUACUAAUAAGAGAGUUGGAAUACAUCCUCUUGUGUAAAACCUUGUGUGAAAAAAACAUGCAACAUGUGCAUAAUAAAGCAUGAAUAAAGGGUUGAGCAGCACAAGA